AUUCCUUCUCUUCACUUCCCGGGCUUCUCCUGCUUAAAAGUGCGCGCGCCCUCGGCUAUUUAUUUGACGCGCGAAGUUGUUCGCGGAGUCUCAUCGCACCUGGGAGGAUUCGUACCUGGAUACACUCCAUUCAAAGACGCCGGGUGGAGAAAUCUUCUUGACUCCAGUGUCAUUACAGUAGGAAGACAGAGAUCCACCCUGGCACCCGGCAGCAUUCCGUCUAAAGGGGAGGAGGACUUUCUGACCCUGGCUGCCUCUCGGCUCAGCCGCUGGAAGUGUGUCAUCGGAGCCGCCGUGGGCGUGGCCAUGGUCCUACUCCUCCUGAUCGCCAUCCCUCUAUUGGUCCACACCGCCAAAGGUGGAGGAGCUAACCCAGGAAGUGGCGGAGGGGGGACCCAUUAUGAGAUGCUGGGGAGCUGCAGAAUGGUCUGUGAUCCAUAUAGUACUGCCCAACCAGGCCAGGAGCUGACAGCCGUGUCCCCCCAACCGGACUACCCUGGGCGGAAGAAAACGGGGUACCGCGGGGUCCCUGGGAUCUCUGGUCCUCCGGGUGACCCAGGGCCCCCUGGGGAACCAGGCAAGCCAGGCCCACAGGGGCCUCCCGGCCCUGGACCUAAUGGUUACGUCCCCUCCUUCUACAGCCCUAAGAUUGCCUUCUAUGCAGGGCUAAGGAAACAGCAUGAGGGCAUCGAGGUGUUGAAGUUUGAUGAUGUGGUGACCAAUGUAGGGAACUACUAUGAGCCUAGUACUGGGAAGUUCACCUGUCCUCUACCAGGUAUUUACUACUUCACCUACCAUGUUCUGAUGAGGGGUGGAGACGGGACCAGCAUGUGGGCCGACCUGAAGAAGAACGGACAGGUGAAGGCCAGCGCCAUAGCCCAGGAUGCGGACCAGAACUACGACUAUGCAUCCAACAGUGUGAUCCUGCAUCUGGACGUGGGGGACGAGGUGUGUGUACAGCUGGACGGGGGGAAGGUCCAUGGAGGAAACACCAACAAAUACAGCACCUUCUCUGGGUUCCUCAUUUACCCCGACUGACCCUGAUCAACCGUCCCUGCCCCCCCCACACACACUGAAAGGAUGAAAGGACAUAGACUGAGUGUGUGGUUUUUGAAAUUAGUGUUUCAUGGGUGUGUUGAGUGUUAUUAAGCCAAUCAUGACCAAGUAUGUUUAUUGACCCCUUGUGUGUGUGAACAUAUGAAUAUUACAACAUGUACAGAAUAGGUACACAAGGUUGCAUUGGGAAAUAUACAGCAUAUGCCAUAUGUACCGUCUACUAACAUAGUGAGUUGGACAUACAGUUUAACCAAGAUAAUCAGUCCUACCCAUGCAUUCAGCAUCUUGAGUGGGACCAAGAGUGUUUUGAAUCAAUACCAGGUUAGCACACUGAGCUAGAGCCAAGGAAUUAGCUCUGGGAGCAUCACAGUUUUCCAAAGUUCUCAACUUCGCUACAUUUAACCCCCCUCUAAUCCAGUGGGCAGUUCAGUUUAAGACCACUCGGAUAGUUGCCAAUCACAUCCCCUAGCUAGCUGUUUAAAAAAAUAAUAGCCCUUGCUGUUUCAAAAUAAAAGUCCCCUGCUGUUUCAAAAUAAAAGUUCAAAGUACAGUAUCAUCCCUGUUGUUCAUAAUCUAGGACGGAACUGCUUUACUGUUAUAGUAUUAUUUUUAAUUAUCAAUUGUUUAUUUAUUUAAGUUAUAAACAUACCAAACAAGGAAGGACACAAAAACUGAUAACAAAAUAAAAUGAAGACAGCAUUCAAAGCAAACCCAUCUGUUUAAGCACAGAUGGUUGACCUUCUAUAACCAUCACACCAUGAGGCUAGGGGAGGACGGAAGGAGAGGAGUAGAAUACAAACACACGCACAACAUACACACACAUACAGUACACACACACACACACUGAAAUGGCAACAAACACAAAAGACUGGACUGAGUGGGUGAGCAUGUGGUUUUACAAUGACGUGUUUUAUGGGUGUGUGAUGAGAGAGUUGUGUGUUGAAGCAAUCAUGACCAAGUGAAUUUCUUAACCCCUCCUGUCUGUUUACAUUUCAGUGUGCACAAGUAAGGAUAUCAGAAAAUGUACAGGGCCCGACUUCCCAAAAUCAUCUUAAGUAUAAAUUCUUUGUUAAAACCUUAGUGUGAGCAUCGUAAAAAUCUUCAAGCUGUUUUCCAAAACCGUCGUUAUUAACGUUGCACGUGAAAACGCUCGUAAUCUAUGGCAUGCCUCAGACCGCCCAUAGAAAGCCAAGUGCGGCGUUAGAUGCUUUUUGGCCUCCAGCGUAACUUUAUACACAGAAGAUCUCCGCUAAACAUAGAAUCACAUGGUUUAGCCGCAGAUAACGUAAAAACACUACACAUAUAAAGUUGCAAUUGUCUUUGCAAUUGAUACAAACAAGCGAGGUAUAAAAAAAUAUUAUUCAAAUUAAAACCAGAUGACUCCGUUAAAAUAUUGAUACAGUAGGCUUAUAGGCCUAUGUCAAUUGAGUUAUAUUUUGCUACUGUAGGGUACUGUCUGUAAUUUGUCUCAAUAUAGUUAAUGAUGUGUAGCCUAACGUGCUCAAUGAAGUGCCCAAAUCUCGAUUAUUAUAGGGUAAGCAUUAGAAUAAGACGCCUCGAUAUUUGCAGCCGUAGUUGAUCAUAUCUGUCGAGGAGCUGAUCCGUCGUCAGAAUUGUGGAAUAAUUCAAACGUUAAGGUAAGACUUAAAUGGAGAAAGCUGAUCCGAAACCAGCGUUGAAUUUCUUUCAAUCCUAUCAGUAUCGACACAUGCCUCAACGACAGACAGCGAACGUUUUCUCUGCGUGGGGUUUUUAGGUAUGUUACAUCUCCAAAACACUCGUAAACCCAAAUCCCAUCGCUAUCGGGGAAAUUGGGCGCAGGAUAGGUGCACUAACACUUGGUACAUUGAAUUAUCCAGCAUAUUCCAUGUCUCUCUUCUACUUACAUUGUGAACUGUACAUAUAGUAUAACCAAGAGCAUUAGUUCUACCCAUUACACAUUCGGAGUGAGACGAACUGGUUAUUAAAACCGGAUUGUGAGUGUGUGAUGCAAUAUCGUGUUAGCCCACUGAGCUAAAGCCCGAGGCGUUAGCUUUGGGAGCUAACAUGAGUUUUUAGUAUUAUGUAAAACCAUCUGAUGUGUAUAAACACUACUCUACUCUCUGUGCCAUUGGGAUGAAAGCCUGACAAGCUUUUGCUUCCAAGUUGUACACGGAAUUACUAUUAAAAUAUAUAUAACAACAACACUGCUGUUCACUUCACUAUUAUU